AUGCAGUCGGAUAUAACGCUUAAGCUUAAGCUUCUAUAUCACUCUCCUUCAAACGAUCUAUCUGUGUAUAUCACUAUCUUGACCGUCGGUGCCCUGUUUGCCGCUGUAUAUUUUUCACCAGCAUAUCACAAACAUAGUUUGCCGUUGGUCAAUUCGAGAAAGGCAUUGGAAUUCACGUGGACCAACACAAAGAAGCGAUUCUAUAAAAAUGCCGGGCACCUCUGCCAGAUCGGGUUCAAAAAGUCUAGCAACGCAUUCCGUCUGGUGACCGAUGGCGGAAUCCAGCUCAUCCUCGCCCCAAAAUAUCUCACUGAGAUCCGCACGAACCCUAGUCUUCGUUUUGAACCUGUGGUCAAGAAUAAAUUCCACAGCCAUAUUCCUGGGUUUGAGGCCUUUGGGUACUCUUCAUUGACCGGGCCGAUUUUCAAAGACACGAUCAGGAAGAAAAUGGUGCGAGCUCUCGGGAACAUUGUCGACCCGAUGAUCCAAGACGCCAAUUCGGUGAUCACAAAUGUCUUGACCGAUAACCCAGAAUGGCACCAAGUUUGCCUAGCAGAUCAAAUUCUCAGGAUCGUUGGUCGGCUUUCUUCGAGAGUUUUCGUCGGCGAGGAACUUUCACGAUGCCCAGAGUGGCUUGACAAUAUUAUCAAUUACAUCGUCGGCGCAGCGGAUGCUGCGGAUUCCUUACGACUUUGGCCACGAGUUCUAAGACCCAUUGCUGCUCACUUCUCCCCGGACGUACGAAGACUGCGUACGCGUCUUCAAAAAACGAGGGAUUGGAUCAACCCUCUUCUGGAGAGGAAGCGUAUGCGAGCAAGGACAUCAAUCGAACCGGGGGAAGUACCCAAGGCGAGUCUCGGUAUUACAGACUGGUUCGAAGAGCGCGCCAACGGCUGUGAAUAUGACGUUGCCUCCGCGCAGUUGAACCUCGCAUUCGUUUCCAUCUCCAGUAUUUCAGACAUGAUCACUCAGUUGAUAUACGAUCUCUGUGGCCGCGAAGAGCUGGUCCAGAAUCUGCGUCACGAGAUCGUCUCCGUACUUAGUGAGAAUGGUUGGGGCAAGGCAACGUUGUAUAAGCUCCGACUUCUUGACAGCGUUAUGAAAGAGAGCCAGCGGUUGAAGCCUGUAGUCACUGGCCUUCAACGAUACGCAGAAAAGGAGAUUGUCCUGUCCGAUGGGAUCAUAAUUCCCCGAGGCACUUUUACCAUUGUGUCUGGUCAUCACAUGUACGACCCAGAGAUUUACCCCAACGCGCGGAGUUUUGAUGGCUAUCGUUUCUACAAUAUCCGUGAGUUUGGGAACCAAGUUGGGAACCAGGAACUCUGGACGCAGUUUGCUUCAGCGAGUGACAGACACAUUGGGUUUGGGUAUGGGCAGCAUGCGUGCCCGGGUCGGUUCUUUGCGAGAAACCAGAUCAAAAUUAUCAUGUGCCAUCUUCUCCUACACUAUGACUUCCGACCUGUCGAUGGGUCACAUCGUGAGCCGCGUCCUAGGGGGUUCGGUCUCCAAGCAAACCCAUCUGCAAAGAUUGCUAUUAGAAGACGGUGUGGCGAGAUUGUACUCUAA